AUGAUCCCGAAUCGUCCUCGCACACAAACCAAUUGUCUUACUUGUGUUCAAUGCCAAUCACCUCUAGUGCCUUUGGAGUGGAUUUGUAUGUGUACUUUUCCCGAUUCUGCUCAACACUGCACUCUAAAACCAGAGCACCAGAUCAAAUACCAUUCCGAUCUUUCAAAAGGAUAUUUGGAAAAUGAUGAAUCCAACAUAAAACUAUUGAAACAAGUCCACAUCAGACCACCAGAAAAGAAGAAUUCAAUCAACAUUUUGGAAUGUGCUAAAUGCGGAGAGAAGAUUUCCACUAUUAUUGCACAAAUGAUUGGAAAAGAUGGUAAAGAAUGGCCAUUUGUUUGUUUUCGGCCUGAAGCAUUAUAUGUUCCUUCUCUAGAAAACAAAGAUGUGUGUUUUCGAAAGAAAGGCCUUAAAUUUCGAGAACGAAAAGAUAAAUUGCGAUUAGCGGAGCGCUUGUGCACUGACUAUGAAAUUAAUAGAGAAGAAAAGAUUCUCGAACACCAGUCAAUGUGUGACUUUCUACCCACAAAUCAUCCAAGAAUUGAUAACACUUCAAAUAUUAACUCGCUAUUAGAGAGAUAUAGACCUCCUUCGGUGCGUUCAACCGUUAGAAACUAUCAAGCUGAAAUGUAUUUUCAAUGUUUGUUUCAAAAUUCAUUGAUUGCUUUGCCUACCGGAAUGGGAAAAACUCUGAUCGCAAUCUUAUUGAUGAAAAAGAUGCUAGAAUUGAAUCCACAAAAACUGAUAGCGUUCGUUGUCACGAAGAUACCUCUUGCAUUUCAACAGUGCCAAUAUAUUGAACAGGAAACAGGUAUUCCAUGUCAAGUAUUGUGUAGUGAGACCAAAAACGAUGACACAUUGCAGAAAUUGAGAUCAAAAGAAAUCAAAAUUCACUGUUUCACAGAUGGAAUGUUAUUCGCUCUCAUAGAAACAUCAGUUGUUUCUCCUGAAGACUUUUCUAUGGUUGUAUUUGAUGAGAUCCAUCAUGGAGCGGCAGAAAAUCACAAAUUUUGCAAGAUUUCUAAAAGCUUGUUGAAAAGCAAAUACGAAGUUAAAAUAUUAGGCCUUACUGCUACACCUUCUCACCUAGAAGAAAUUCUUGCAAACUUUCGUAUUACUUCCAUCUCUUAUCCAUGCAUCAUGAGAAAAGAAAUUGAGGAAAUCAAGUUUCUAACACAAACAAAGUCUACUUCAUUCAAAGAGCAAGAUGAACAAGUUGAAUUGAAAAAUAUCAUUUCGAAAAGAAUUUAUGAUUUGAAUGAACAACUUGGCCCAUAUAGACUCUCUGAUAAUAUUAUUAACCAUUAUCCUCUAAUGAUAGGAUGUUUACGAAACGUGCAAUUUCCUUCACAUCUCAGAGAAAUGGUAGAGCAUAUGCGAAAACUUGUUUCUCUUAUUGAGAUUACAGAUAUACUGGGAAGCAAGUAUGCAAUCGAUAUUAUUAACAAAAGUCAAGACUUAACGUUAUCACAACUGAAGCAUGAAAUUCAACACGUUCCGUCCAAAUAUUCACCAAGUUCACAUGCAUCUACUCUAAUUCCUCAUCAUGAUGUUCUGGAGAAUGAUCAUGUAAACGUAUCACUAGAAAGGUAUUUGGAAUUUGAAAAUUGUUGCAACUAUAUCAAACAAUGUUACUCUUGUUCUGAUUUGGAUUUAGUGGCAGGUGACAAAAAGCUUGGCAGAAAAUUAUACGCUUCUCUUGUCUUGAGAUAUAGAACAGAGGCCAUGAAUAACCAUGACAAAUUUGUCAUUCCACAAGAAAGAGUGACUUUAAGUGCAUACAACUGGAUCGUACCAAGCUCUCAAAGCUCAUGUUUGAAUGAGUAUAUUGCUUUUGGAAUGAUUUCACGAUCUAUUUAUCAUUUCAUCCAUACUCACUUUGGAGUUUAUCUCGACCAGUUAAGGGAAAUAGAAAGAGAAAAGACAAAAUUUCAAGACAUGAUAGGAGAACAGUUUAGAAUAUUUAUAUUUGGCUCAGUUUCUGUGCUACUUCAUGAUUCGAACAACACCGAUGUAGAUUUUUAUGUGAUGUACUACAAAAAAUCGGUGCCAGUCAUCACGGUUUUACUUCCUACAAAGAUAAUAGACUGCUGUGAAUCGAUGGAUCUUUCUGGAUCAACACGAGGAUUAAGAAAAAAGCAUUUGUUACGAAAAUACUUGAAACAAAAGCCCUGUUUGUUCGUGAUUCUGAAUAUACUCGUUCAAUGGUUUAGAAGAGUGUUUUCGCCAAAUGUAAUUAAGACCUAUUUAUUUGUUUGGAAGAUGAUUGAUUAUUGUAUUGAGCGAGGCUAUCUCAACAAAGAAAUUGUACCCUCUGAAGAGGAAACUUUUGAAAUAGAAAUUGCAGAGAAGGACUCUCAUACUUCUCUCUCCUCUUUGAAGGAGUUAACGCCAUGA